AUAUUUUUAUAUUUGAAGUAGAAGUAACACUGGCUACUUUUACUAUUGUCAUUCAUUUAUCAGUGGCGGAUCCAGGAGCUGUACAACAUGAACGUGGACCACGUAAACCAAAGCUUCAUUUACAGCUGAAUCAUAAUUCGUCCGGGCAUCAUCAUCAACAAGCACAACACCAUCACCAACAAACUCAAUCACAACAUCCGCCUGGUUCCAAUGCCCAUUCUGGUCAUAAUCAGAUUGCUCAUGGUGCUCUUCCACCAUUACCACCUCUGCACCCCCAUGCCAUUAUGACAGGUCAUCAUAAAAUAGAGCACCACCAGUUUGGCAAGCUUCACCUACAAGGUUUCAACUCAGUUGCGCCAGUGGCUGGACAUCCGUUGCAUUCUUUCCAGUUUCCACCUGCCUUCUUUGGACACCAUGCAUCGCCUAUGAUGAAACCGGUACCUGCACCAGGAUCGUCCAGUGCGUCAUCUUCUGGAAGUUUACCAGGACCCCCAGCUGGAGUAUCUGGGGGUACAGCUUCUGUGAGCCCGCCUGGUGAUUCAGAUAUCAUGCAAUCUUCGGUUUCCCCCAGUUUUAAUCAGCCGCAAAAUUCGACGCAUCCAGGAAUGUUACACAUACUGAUGUCAGCUGAGAGAUGUCAGGAAUUAGUUUGGAGCGCAAAGCAAUUACAAAUGCAAGGCGAUGUAAUGAUGUCUCCACCAAUUCCAAGUCCAUUAGCAUUACCUUUGACACCUACUUGGGAAGUUCUGCAG